AUGAUAUAUAAAAUGGAGGUGAAGCCAGUCUAUGUCUUUUGGUUAGAGCAUUUAAUCCAUUUACAUUUACAUCAGUUGCUGAUCUCUUAAUUUCAGAUGCAUUUUACAUAUCCUCAUUGGUGCUCUCCUCCCGUCACAAUUACUGGAUAUGCUAUCCCACUUUCUCUUCUUGCAGGGAUUGUCUCCAUUAUCAGCCUAACUGUGCUGGCCUAUGAAUGUUAUAUUCAUGUGGUUCAUGCCAGAAUGAUCACUUUUUUCUGGACCUGGAGGGCCGUUACCUACAUCUGGCUGUACACACUGGUGUGGUCAGGAGUGCCUCUCAUGGGCUGAAACAGGUACAUCCUGUUUCAUGGACUAGGAUGUGCUGUAGACUGGAAAUAAGAUGCCAAUGACUUCUGCUUUGUGCUUUUCUUAUUUCUUGGCUCCCUGGUGGUGCCUGUGGGUGUCAUUGCUCAUUGCUAUGGCCAUAUUCUGUAUUCCAUUGAGUUGCUUCGUGGCAUUGAAGAUCUUCAGACAAUAAAAGUGAUAAGGAUUUUAAGAUAUGAAAAUAAACUGGCCAGAAUGUGCUUUUGUAUGACAUUCACCUUUAUGAUCCUUUGGAUGCCUUAUGUUGUGAUUUGUUUCUUGAUGUUUAGUGAUUGUGGACACUUGGUCACUCUAACAGUAUCUAUUGUUUCAUAACUCUUCACUAACUCCAGCACUGUGUAUGAUGCAGCUUUUUAUAUCUUCAUGAUCAGAAAGUUUCAAAGGGCCCUUUUGCAUCUCCUAUGUUUCCGACUGCUCAGAUGCCAGCAACCUGCUAAAGACCUACCAGCAGUUGAGAGUUAAAUGCAGAUUAGACCCAUUGAGAUGUCACAGAAAGUCAGGGACAGACCAAAGAAAAAAGUGAUUUUUAACUCUUCUCCCAUCAUUUUUAUUAUCACUCAUGAUGGAUCACUAUCAGUCGAUGACAAAGACAGAACCAGUGGGUCAAAGGUUGAUGUAAUCCAAAUUCGCCCUUUAUAGGAAUGUAAGAUAGGGCUUUAAAUCAAGAUAUCACUUUUAGACUACCAUUAUAAGAUUGUUUUGGAAUCCACAUUCUAUGUAAUAUUAACAGAAGUUUUGUGGUCCAGUAGAAAAUCUGAAUUGC